AUGUUCAAGAUCUUCAAGGACCUGGCACGCGAGCCGACCCCGCCCGCAGGACAGGCUGGGCAGACUGGGCAGCCGGCUGUGCCGAACAGCGGCGAGGGUCCAGCAGCCCCAGUCAACAGCAGUAGACUCGCUACGCCCGCGGCUCCGUCCCCGGCUCCGACGGGCGACAGCGUGCCUUCCUUGCCGCCGGCGGAGGAAGACGACCACGAGGCACUGCAGGUCGUCGGGCUAGUGCAUGCGCUGCAGCACGACGAGGGUCUGAUGCAGUAUGUCGAGACGUUCUCCCAGCUCCUCUCGAUGCCAGCCACUGCCAGCACUCGACGGGCGUUCCGCAAGCAGUCCGGGUUCGAGGCGCUCGUCAAUUCGCUGGACGCGCUGGCGUGGAAAUCCCGUCCAGACGAAAUCUCCCCCGACGAGUGGCUAGUACACGAGGUGCAGCUCGCUGAAGGCCAGAGACUGUGGUUCGAGGUGCUUGCGUGGGCCAUGGACAGGGGUGGCGAGGCGCACUUCAGGGACCACUUUGGCUACGCAUCCCUCCUCCCCGCAGUCAACAGACUGGACGAGACCAGCCCCAACCCGCGCGUGUUCAGCCUUCUCCUCGCGCAUAUCCUUGAUAACAACUACGCCUUACUGAGCUUAUUCAAGGGCGGUGGCGAAAUCGACGCCGAGGCGCUCGACAAGGUCGGCGACGUACGUCUCCGUUGGCCGGCUGCGAUCCCAUCGCUCUGGGCGUACGUCCUCGGCCCACCGCCAAGUGGCAAGGGCAAGGAGCGGGCAGUGCUGCACGAUGCUGCGCGAUCGGGGCAGGUCGAGAAGAAUGCCUCGCCAGUGCAGCAGAAGCUGAUCCUGGUCCUGUUCCGGGUUCUUCUGCUUGCCGCCAAGUCGACGCCAAACCUCUACCUUAUUAAGAGCUUUCUACCCGAGCUCGGUGACUUCCUCAUCACACGGCUGUACGGCUGGAGAGCCCCGCGGCACUUUGACGACACGUUUCCGCCGCGAGAAGAGUGGUUCGCCGAUGCCGUCGAGAGCAAGGAGACUGCGCCGGAAUGGUCCGCGCCGACGCCAGAGUUGCGAGAAGUGUACCUGUUGCUGCUGAAACGGGUUCUCGAGGCUGGAACCAGCACGGAGGAGACGUGGCGCCUGUUCUCGCUCAUGCGCAAGGUUCCGUCACAGGCGAGGGAGACGACCCCCCAGCCUGAAACGCCAGACGCGACCGAGAAGUCCGAGAAGCAAAAGCCGUUCCGUGGCAAGGCGCCUCUACGAAUCGCAACAGAUACGCCGGUGGAGGGUGAGACGCUCGAUGAGGAGGUACUCAAUCUCAUCCACAACGCCAUGACGCAGCGCAACCCAGACUCGUUUGUGUUCCGUUCGAGCCAAAACAAUGCGUCGGGCAUCCACGUGCCUGAGUUGGGCAAGCCGUGGCCAUCGUCGACGAAAGGAUUCUUCUUCUCCUGCUGGCUGCGGAUCUCGAAACUGAACGAGGCCAUCACCCUCCUCCACCUCAGCCAGAAGGACCAGCCGUAUCCGCUGCUGCAGAUUCGCGUGCUCGAGAAUUCGCAAAUAGGUAUCACGACCAGCGGUUACUCGGACACGACGGCGCCGGAGGAGGUCGUGUGUGGCUCUCCUGAUGCCCUAGUGCCGCACAAUGAGUGGGUCUACUUCGCCGCGGGAUGCAGGAAGGGCCGCUCGACGACGGGUGGAGGUGGUGAGGCGCGCUUCUACAUCAACGGUGUCCGCGUCGGUGCUGUCCGUGUAGCGUACCCCGUGCCGAAACCGGGGCUGAAGCUGGAGCAUCAGAGGCGCUUCGAGGGUAUCCAGGUCAACGUUGGCCGAGCGCCGAUACAAGACAACGAGGUGCCGGAGGCGGACACCUCCUUUGCCCGUGCCGAGGAUAACGAGUGGCUGCUCGGUCGUGCGCUCAUGCUCGACGAGGUCGUUAACGAAGAUCUCGUGAUGCUGAUGCAUCGCCUCGGUCCGCGCUACCACGGCAAUUACCAGGAGGCUCUGGGCAAGUUCCUGACGUACGAGAACGCGACUGCGAUCAACGUGCACCUGCACACCAUGGCGCAGGCGGCCAAGCAGAAGACGCUGGCGCUGCUGCCGUCCAAUUCCGCCGUCGUGCGCGCCGUUAGAACUGGCCCCGCGAUCGCCGAGGACAGCAUUGCCUUCAGCCUGAACGCCAAGGACACCUUUGACGGCGACUACGACCAUGUCCUGAAUGCCGCGAUCCCGCACGCAGCUCGUGCACGAGACUUCAAAUUUGGCCGCGCCGAGCUGCAUGGCGCCGUGUUCCCCUUCUCGACUGUCGAUCUCGAUGUCGGUAUCACGACCGUUGGCGGCGCGGUCGUCGCGCUCAAGAUGAUUGACAUUGCGCGCACGUCCCAGGAGCUCGCGCAGACUGUCCAGAUCCUGUACGACAUGACGAAGGACUGCUGGCAGACGAGCGAGGAAAUGGAGCGUAUCCACGGGUACGAGCUGCUGGCGGCGAUUCUGCGCCCGAAGAUGAAGCUCGUCACUGUCGAGUGUGCGCGAACCCUGCUCCUCAUCUGUGGCGUGGACUACAGCAAGUCGGAAGACGCCGUCGUCAACAACACGACAGCGUACCGCGCCCUCGGGCUUGAGUUUGAGCUCUGGGCCCUGGCCAGCAAGGAAGUGCAGGAGCUGUACUUCGACCACUUUGAGAUGCUGCUCGCCACGUCGCAGCACAAGCGGUACAACCUCCUGCGCACGUUCCAGAGGAGCAACAUUGUUCGCAAGCUGCUGUACGCCAUGCGCUCGGGGCUUUACGACGUCGAGACACUUCCCAUGGCAGUCGACGCUCUCAAGACUGCCCUCAUCGCAAGGUGGAGCGCGGAGGAUGCCCUCAAGCCGAUUUUCGCAUACGCUGUGUCAGCUUUGUGUCAAAACGCACCACCGCCUGAGCUUGCGGCUUUCGCGGAGGCCAACCCCUCGCAGCUGCCCGCGGCGUUGAUCCUCACGAUGAUCGGCGAGAUCCUCAUGCCGAAGCGUACCAUGAAGCUCGCCAAGGCGAUCUCGCUGCCGCGCCUUCUUGUCAUCUUCCUGCAGAGCAACCAGGCGCCCUUUGUCGUCCUGCCCUGCCUCACGAUCGUCCAGAAGUGCCUUGCUACACCGCGCCUGGACUCGUCGUUCCAGCACAAGUUUGAGCAGGAGGGCGGAUUCAUCACGCUCGCUCGCGCCCUUGCCCCGCUUUGGGACGACGCCGUGCAGAAGCAGGUGUUCAAGAUGCUUGGCCCCGAGGACUCGUUGGCGUGCCCCGGUGUCAUGGCCAUUAUCAUGGCCGCGCUGGAUUUGCUGUUACAACAGCCUCAGGACUCUGUCGCUGGCAUCGCAGCCUCGGUCAGCUCGUUGGCUUUGACUGCUGAAGGCGACGAGCCGGAGCGCGGAGACGAGUGCGACGGUCGCCUCGAGAACCUCGUCACCAAGAUGACAGUGACGUACCGCAGCUCGGCCGGGUUCCGGAAGGCGCUGAACUCGAAGCGCUUAGACAGCCUGCUCCCCAGCAUUGUCGACUUUGCCACUGUCUCGGCGAGCGCCGAAGGCAGCGGCGUCGAGCGCCAGCGCCGGGCAAUCACGGGCUUCCUGGAGGCGCUCAUCAAGCUAUCAAAGGCGCCCUCGACUGCCAUCAACCAGAUGCAAUUAUGCGUCGAGCAACUGAAGGCUGCUUCUAACGGGGAUAUGUCGGCGUCCGUUGGUAGCAUCAGGAGCCCGACCAGCCCGAGCGCCUCGGCCACGUCUUCGCCGCUGUCUCGUUCCUCCUCUCUGCUGCAGCGUAUAGGCUCCCCGCGCCGUACAAGCUCGCGCCGCGAGAAGCCAGUCCUGAAGCGCGUCCUCACGGGCGAAUCGCUUCUCGAGGAGGAAAAGGACAAAAACGCCGCCUGGCGCCAGAUUAUCCUCGCGACCGACAUGCAGCGUCACUCGGCCAUGACACUAGACAGGAAGGAGCACUGGCACCGCGUCGCCCAGGUCGAGUGGCCGCGCUAUGUUGCGAGCCUCCGCACCGAGAACGGGAUCUGGGCGGACGAGCAAGGGCCCGUCAAGUGGCGCCUCGACGGCAGCGAGGGCCCAUUACGUAUGCGCGGGCGCCUGGAGAGGAUUCAGAACACGCACCGCGUCGACCACAAGCGUCGGGGCAAGGUCCGUGAUGCGAUCCCCGAGCCCGACGAGCUGUCGUCGGCUAUCUCCAGGAUCAACGAUGCGCCAUGGGACGAUCCGUUCGCGCUCGUUCAGGGAGAGGCGCCAAUCGAGGAAGAAACCGGAUCUGGCAGCAAUGCUGGCACGCCGACGAGGCAGGCGUUUGGCUCCUCAAUCCACAAGGACAGACUGGAUAGCGAUGACGAGGAAGACGGCCACGACGAAGAUGAGGGUGACGACAAGAUGCGCUUGAUCGCGCGGUCUCUCCAGGCUGGCGACGUCAUUGAGUCGGCGCACAACAUUGUGCGCAUCGUCGGCGUGGACGCCCUCCCUGGCCUGCUCAUCCUCGGACGGCGCAACCUGUACCUCAUCGACGGCCUUGUGCAGACCGCCGACGGCCAGGUUGUCGAGGCCGACCAAGCCCCCCGUGACGUCCUGACGAUUCCGUCCGGCACGCUGGCCGACUUUGACCCGAACGACCAGCGCUCGCACCGGUGGCCGUACGCCGAGGUCGUCGAGAUCAACAAGCGCGCUUUCUUGUUCCGCGACGUCGCGCUCGAGCUGUACUUCCAAGACAAGCAAAACUUCCUCGUCGUGUUCAAGGACAAGAAGCAGCGCUCGACGGUCACGUCGCGCUUGAACGCCAAGAUUGACAGCCGCGAGGGUUUCGCCAAGUCUGUGCUCGGCUCGCUGCUCCUCGACACGGUUGCCAACGUCGCCAAGGCGAUGGACACGCAGCAUCUCGAGGUGUUCACGAGACGGUGGCAGAAUCGCGAGAUCUCCAACUUUGCAUACCUCCAGAUGCUGAAUCAGCACGCAAACCGCACACCAAACGACGUCACGCAGUACCCCGUAUUCCCGUGGGUUCUUGCCGACUAUGAGAGCAAGGUGCUCGACCUCACGAAUCCGGCCACGUUCCGCGAUCUCUCGCUGCCCAUGGGCGCGCUGUCCGAGGCGCGGCGCGAGGCCGCUGUCGAGAGGUACCAGGCGACGGAGGGCGUUGGUGAGCCGCCAUUCCACUACGGCACGCACUACUCAUCCUCAAUGAUUGUGUGCGGCUACAUGAUCCGCAUGUCACCCUUCACCGAGAUCUUCUUAGCUCUGCAGGGCGGCAACUUUGACCUGGCAGACCGACUCUUCUCGUCCAUCCCACGAGCCUGGGACAGCGCCUCGCGCGAGAAUCGCGGCGAUGUGCGCGAACUCAUCCCCGAGUUCUUCUACAGUCCCUCGUUCCUGAAGAACGUCAACCGUCUCGAUCUCGGCAAGAAGCAGGUGUCGGGUGAGGACGUGGACGACGUUCAGCUCCCGCCGUGGGCGAUGGAGGAUCCCAUGCUCUUCGUCCACUGGAAUCGCGAGGCGCUCGAGUCUGACUAUGUGUCACGGCACCUGCCGGCAUGGAUCGACCUCACAUUCGGAUACAAGCAGCGCGACCCGUCAGCGUUCAACUGCUUCCACCCGCUGUCGUACCGCGGCGCCGUCGACCUGGACGCCAUGACGGACGAGAGCGAGAAGGCGGCGUCAACCGCGAUCAUCCACAACUUUGGCCAGACGCCGCGCCAGAUUUUCAAGACGCCGCAUCCCCAGCGCGUCGUUGGCGCGUACACGCCAGGUGCGGACCGUCUACCCCGUCGGAACCAAGUAUGGGGCAACGACAAGCCGAGCGUGCAGCAGAAGCAUAGGCUUAUUGUGCCAGAGCACACGAACCUGUCGGUGCAAUUUGGCUUUGCGGACGACUCGGUGCGCGUGUACUGCCAGGAGACGGGCCAGAAGGGCGUGCCCGUGCAGCAUGCGGCGUUCGCAUCGCCGACGCUGCUGAUCACCGUCUCGCCUCUCGGCGUCAUUACGGCGUGGCGUCUCAUCGUUAAGGGCUCCGGUUCUCGGCGUGGCGACGUCCAGCUCUCUCGCGAGGCGACUCUGCGCGGCCACGACCAGCCUGUCACCUGCAUGGCAGUCAGCACUGCGUGGAACAUUCUUGUGACUGGCACGCCCGACGGCAACGCGAUGGUCUGGGACACGUCGCAGCUACGCUACACGCGCACUUUGCAGACGCCCAGCACUACCUCCGUACAGCUGGUCGGUAUCAACGAGUCGAACGGGCAUGUCGCGCUGGCGUCGCAGACGAGCCUGUACGUGUACAGCCUGAACGGACACGCCAUCGCCAGCACGACGCUCGAGUCCGGGUCAAUGUUCACGGGCGGCAUCUCGUUCCUUCCUCGCGAGUUCCUGACACUCGGCGACUUCUUCGCCGUUGGCAUCGAUAACGGUAUCGGCCUGUAUCAGGUCGUGCCCGGGAACAGUGCGGCAUCUGGCGCCGAGGGCGAGCCGACCGAGCCCUGGAAGCUGGUCAAGAAGGGCGUGCUCUCCACCGAGGAAGGACCCGUGACGGCAGUCCGCUUCGUCGGCGAGGUGCUGUACGCUGCCUUCGAGCCAUCCUCAACCGAGAGCAGCGCCCCCUCCUCUGCUCCCCUGCGGAAGAAGUACGGUCUAUACCAGUGGACGCUGCCGGAGGGGCCCGUUCGGCCCGUCUCGGACGCCAUUUCCUCGUGUAUGUCGCCAGACUGCACGCGGUCCUUCGGCCUGCUCGAGCCCCGGAGGAUCUGUAGCGGGUGCGGCGGCGCCUUCUGCUCCACGCACGCCGUGGCCGUCGACACGCUGGGCGGCGCGCGGUUCUGCGACCAGUGCCGUGUCCAGCUCGCCAUUGCGAAUGGACUGGGGCUGUUGCCGUCGCCGGGUAGCUCGGCGCCCAGCGGGGGAGGGAACAGGAGCAGAAGCGGAUCCCUCGCCGACCGGAUUCGGAGCAGGAGCGCGAGUCUCGUCGAUGGGAGCAGGAACCUGGCGGGAUGGGGACAGCCCAGUCCCCUUGGGGGCGGUCAGUAG